UUGGUAUAAACUAUAAAGUGUGGUCCUUACCUUAAUUAGCUUAGCUUUGGUUUGUUUGUUAUUCAGUAGUAAUUGAUUGAUACUCCGUACCCUCUUCACUCAUCAUUCAUUGGCUUACUUUCAUUUUCUGUCAUUUUCUUACUUCUCUGUUUUAACCAACAUUGUGUCCAAAAUUGAAGCAAAAUUGAAAAGAAAAAAAAAAUCUGAAAAACCCUAAAUCAGGGUUCAUAUUCCUUCAUAAAUCAACAUUCUAAAGACUACACCUUUACUACACUACAAUGCCCCAUUCUCCAAUGGGGUUUUACAUUUUGAAUUGAUGAAGAUUUUGGGUUUGAUUUUCUGACACAAACCUAAAUGGGUGUGGUGAAGUCGUGGUUGUUAUCGACGAACCACACUCACACUAACGGCAAACAUGUCUUAUGUUCUAGAUCCAUUCCUUGGUCGGUGAUUUGUGGGUUUAUGCUAUUUGGGUUGGGUCUUGUUUCCCUCUUAACGGGUCAUGUUGUUUCUCAUGUUGAAUGGUACUCUCAACGAUUUCACCGCACUUUCUAUUCUUCACUGGAUGGAAAUGAUCAUGCGCCAAUUGAUAUUUGGGAAUCACAAUAUUCUAAAUACUACUAUGGAUGCAAAGAAAGGGGGCGUAAUUUUGCUUCUGCUGUACGUGAGCGCAAGUCAAAUGGAUACUUGCUUAUUGCAACGAGUGGAGGACUAAACCAACAAAGAACUGGGAUAACGGAUGCUGUUGUUGUUGCACGGAUUCUUAAUGCUACACUUGUUGUACCUGAGCUGGAUCAUAAUUCUUUUUGGAAAGAUGACAGUGACUUCGCCAAUAUUUUCGAUGUUAAUUGGUUCAUUACUUAUCUUGCAAAAGAUGUUACUAUUGUUAAAAGAGUUCCUGAUAAGAUCAUGCGGUCAAUGGAGAAACCCCCAUAUACAAUGCGUGUCCCGAGGAAAUCAGAUCCUGAUUAUUAUCUUGAUCAAGUUUUGCCAAUACUAUUGAGACGGCGGGUUCUACAAUUGACAAAGUUCGACUAUAGACUUGCCAAUGAACUUGAUGAUGAGCUACAAAAACUUCGUUGCCGUGUUAAUUAUCAUGCUUUGAGAUUUACAAAACCUAUACGACAACUUGGUCAAAGAAUUGUGAUGAAAAUGCAAAAGAUGGCAAACCGUUAUAUAGCAGUCCAUUUGAGGUUUGAGCCAGAUAUGCUGGCAUUUUCAGGUUGUUAUUUUGGUGGGGGUGAAAAAGAAAGGCAAGAGCUCGGUGAAAUCAGAAAAAGGUGGACAACACUACCUGAUUUGAGCCCUGAUGGAGAACGAAAGCGUGGGAAAUGUCCUCUUUCUCCUCACGAAUUGGGUUUGAUGUUGCGGGCACUUGGUUAUACAAAUGACACAUACCUGUAUGUUGCUUCAGGCGAAGUAUAUGGUGGGGAUGAAACCAUGAAGCCUCUCAAAGAUCUUUUCCCCAACAUCUACACAAAGGAGAUGCUUGCCGAGGAAGAGUUGAAACCUUUUCUUUCAUUCUCUUCCCGCCUUGCUGCUAUUGAUUACAUUGUUUGCGAUGAAAGUAAUGUAUUUGUUGCUAACAAUAAUGGUAACAUGGCCAGGAUUCUUGCCGGUCGAAGGCGGUAUAUGGGUCACAAGAGAACCAUUAGACCAAAUGCAAAGAAGCUUAGCGCGCUGCUCAUGGCAAGGCAUGAGAUGGACUGGGAUACAUUUUCGAGAAAAGUGAAGGCAUGUCAAAGAGGAUUCAUGGGAGAGCCAGAUGAGAUGAAACCUGGACGAGGAGAGUUUCAUGAAUAUCCAAGCGGUUGCAUCUGUGAGAAACCAUUUAUAGAUGAACCGAGUCAAGAUGGAAUCCGGCCUCCUAAACUCGCGGUUAGGAAUAUGACAAUAGAAGCUGACUCCGAAAUGAAUGGAGGAAAUGAAGAAAGUUUUGAGCUACCAAAGCCAAGUGAGAGGACGUGACAUGACGAAGAUGAUAAUGUUUUUCUUUUUGACCAAAUGAUGAAGAUGAUAAUUGAAAGAGCAAUUUUGGUUGUAGUAUUAAGCUGUCACAUGGCCAUGAUGAAAAUUCUGUUCUUUUAAUUUAGAUCUAUGUAUAGGGGAAAAGUAGUAGAUGACAUCAAAGCCUUGCAAAUAUUAAUAGAUAGUAUAUGAUAUAUUUUUUUCA